UGAGCGUGCAGUGAAACCGUCCCCUUGUUUCCCUAUGGUGUGACGGUACAUUGUAAGAGCCGUGAAUGGAACUGUCCGGUCAUAUUGUUGUCAUAAUUUAAAGAGGGUAACAACCCUGAAACUCCUCAAGUUAACAGAAACCAGUUAGCUGAGUCACCACAGAGAUUAAGACCGAGUUUAGAAGCCAAGUGCUCUCAACCUGUUGUAAUCUCCUGUCUCUUAGGAGAGUCAGGAGCGUUCUUCCUCCACGGGCUUCAAAAUGAGGUAAAGGAGUUACACCUCUGCCUGCUGCCCACGUUUAUCUUGUAUGUUAAUGUCCUUCUGGGAGAGAAAAUCACAAGUGUGGUUGACUCCGCCUCUUCCUUGCAGCCGUUGGCCCCUUGCCGUGGCCAUUAGUAAGAUUUCCAGUCAUACUGGAGCAAUGACAGAUUGCAAAAAAAUCAAUGUCUGUCACCCUUUCUGGGAUCACAAGACAUUACAUCCCCAUGUUCUUUGAUGACUUGUCUGUCACUUUGCAUUUGGGCCAUUGGCUCUGGAGCUGGUCAGGAGAGAGGGGAGGAACCCCUCAUUAACAGAGUGCUGCAACCAGCCAAGUGAUAUUAAAUCCAUAUUUCAUGCGUUUCUCAUAUGGGGGCAAUUAUCAGUGACCGGAAAAAAAUCGGAUCUUGAGAUGAAAGCCCUUAAGUGAAGAUGUCUCUCAGGGGCCAUCAAGGGCCUCCUAAACUGGAGCGAUUGGAGUCAGUAAUGAGCCAGUUCUCUGGCAGCUUGGACCAAGAUGACCUACAAGACGACCCAGAGGAGCUGGACUUAAGUGGCAAUACUGACCUCUGUGGAGAACCAAGGAACAUAUCCUUUCAAGCAAUAUACAGCUUUCUUCCAUUCAGGUCCCUGGAUGGUGUUGUAUUUCUUGAAGAAGUGCCAAUUCAAGUACAGGUGACAGAGGUGGAGCGAUUCACAUCUACAAGGGUGCUGAAUCCCAACCUGUAUACAAUAGAGUUGAGCCAUGGAGAUUUCAAGUGGAAAAUCAAGCGUCGUUUUAAGCACUUCCAAGCGCUUCAUCAAGAGCUACUCAAAUUCAGGGCCCUCUUAAAAAUCCCCCUGCCAAGUCGAAUUCAUUCAGUCAAAAGGAGGUCAUUUAAAGGCCAUAAACUGUUUCAUGGAGAACACAUCCCAACGUUACCACGAAGACCUGAUGCCCUCGUCAAGGAGGAACAGCUCAUAAGCAGAAAACUGCAACUUGAGGACUAUCUGAGGAAUAUACUGAAAAGGCAUUUAUACAGGACACAUCCUUCAACUCUUGAAUUUCUGGAAGUGAGUCAAAUCUCAUUUAUUCAGGAUCUCGGACCAAAAGGAAUUGAAGGUCUGAUCUUGAAGAAAUCAGGAGGAAACACAUUCCCUGUAUGUUACUGGUGCGGAUCCAACAGCGUCUGUUACCGGUGGUCCAAAAGAUGGCUGGUGGUAAAAGACUCCUUUGUUCUCUACAUGAGGCCAGAGGAUGGCCAAGUAGGCACCGUGAUUCUAUACGAUAAGGGAUUUCACAUCAAAAUAGGAACCCGGGAGACCGGAGUCAGGCAUGGAGUCACGAUUGAGAAUCUUUGUAGGGCACUUACUAUCAAGUGUUCAACAUAUAGGCAGGCUCGUUGGUGGGGGCACUCAAUAGAUGAGUUUUCUCAAAUGUUUGGACAGGACUUUCUAAGGGAAAACCGCCAUGGGUCUUUCACACCUGUUAGAGAAAACACUGUAUCAAAAUGGUUUGUCAACGCAGCUGGAUACUUUGAUGCCAUAGCUGAUGCCCUGGAAGGAGCAAAAGAGGAUAUCUUCAUCACUGCCUGGUGGUUAAGCCCAGAAAUCUUCCUCAAACGGCCGGUAGUAGAUGGAAACAUGUGGAGAUUAGACCAUGUCCUCAAGCGGAAAGCACAACAAGGAGUAAAGAUAUUUGUCCUGCUCUACAAAGAAGUUGAGGUAGUGAUGGGUCUCAACAGCGAGUACACAAAGAAGACCCUGAUGGGACUUCACUCUAACAUCAGGGUCAUCCGACACCCUGAUCACAUGCCCUCCACAGCAUUGCUCUGGGCUCACCAUGAGAAGCUGGUGGUGAUUGACCAGUCACUCGCCUUUCUGGGAGGGAUUGACCUGGCCUAUGGGAGAUGGGAUGAUUCCCAGCAUCGUCUGACUGAUGUGGGAAGUGUGAGAAGAAGCCCUCAGCACAGUCCUGCUCUAUCCCCCAGCCUCACUCAUCAGUCAGUCGCCACGGUGGAGGAGGGCGAGGAGAUGAAGUUCAACGUGGUGGUAGAAGAAAUUCAGACCGGAGAAGGAGGAGCAGGGAAAGCAGGAGAUUCAGGCUCAGUGGAGGAUCCAGGGGAGAUCUGUGCGAGUUUAGCUUUGCCCUUCGUGGAGGAACAGGGAGAAAACAACCUCAACCUGCCCACAGGAAGACUGCUAAGAACCCCCUCAGAGAAAAGUUACCACAGCUCUGAUCUAACUGAGUCCAAACAUUACAGCAGGAAUAGUCUUAAUUCCAGGACACCGCUCACUCGGGAAUAUUACACCAAGAGCUUGUCUCUGCAUUCCAGCGAUUCAUACUCUCUUGGCCUGCAUCACUCUCUCCCCCUGCCUUAUGAGACUAGUUCACUAAGAAGUUACAUAGGCAGUACUGAGCUCUGUGGAGAGACUCGUUUCUGGCAUGGCAAAGACUACUGCAACUUCAUCCUGAAAGACUGGGUCAAACUCAACAAACCUUUUGAUGAUUUCAUUGACAGGUAUAAGACACCACGGAUGCCAUGGCAUGAUAUUGGGGUGCUGGUUCAUGGGAAGGCUGCAAGAGAUAUUGCACGACAUUUCAUCCAAAGGUGGAACUUUACAAAGCUGGUGAAGAAGCGGUCGGGGGCGACGUGCUACCCCUGCCUCAUGCCCAAGUCUCUAUCCGCACCCAUGGUGCCAGCUGAGUACAGCGGCAAAUCAACACAGGCUAAUGUUCAGGUUUUGAGGUCUGUGUGCCAGUGGUCUAUUGGUACGAAGGUGCACGAGGAGUCCAUUCAUUUAGCCUACGUAUCAGCCAUCCAGAACAGCAAACAUUUCAUCUAUAUAGAGAACCAGUUCUUCAUCAGUUGUGCUGACAAAUCCAUCCACAACAGCAUUGGAGAUGCACUGACGGAGAGGAUCCUGCGGGCGUACAGGGAGAAGAAAAAGUUUCGGGUCUAUGUGGUGAUGCCCCUGCUGCCCGGCUUUGAAGGUGACAUCUCGUCAGGGGGGGGCCAAGCCAUCAAAGCAAUCAUGCACUUUAAUUACAGGACAAUGUGCCGAGGGGAGCACUCCAUGAUUGAGAGGCUCAAAUGUGUGAUGGCAGAUUGCUGGAUCAAGUACAUCUCUUUUUGUGGUCUGCGCACUCAUGCUGACCUGGAUGGGCGUCUGGUCACUGAACUCAUUUAUGUGCACAGCAAGCUUAUGAUCGUGGACGACUGCACUGUCAUUAUUGGUCAGACACUCUGCCCACACAUAUAUAGAAAAUUUAAAUUGGGUCAUUCUCUGGAAAUGUCCAGAUUUCUUUUGAAAACGUUAGUGGCAGUGUAACCACUGCAACAUAGGUGGAGGCGUCCUGCUUGAUAUUGAGUUUAGUAGUUGAGAGCAUGAUUUAUUUAUUUUUUUGACCUGUAUAUAGUACCUGGAUAGAUGGACAAUCCAUCAUAGUAAACAACUGCAUGUAGAUUUAGAUUAUAUUAUAAUCAUAAUGUAUCUUCUUCCUAUUAUUAUUAUUAUUAUUAUUAUUAUUAUUAUUAUUAUUAUUAUUAUUAUUAUUAUUAUGUGCCCAAAGGAUGAUGAAGUGUUUGAAAUCUUCAAGCUGUAAAACUGUUAGUCGCCGCGAGGGGGCACUGCACUCACACAAAACACAUGUAAGCGCGGACAUGUGCAGAAUAACAAACAUCAACAGAUGUUUAUGAAAAGCGAAGUCACGCCUGUCUCCUCGAUCAUCACAAAUGCAUUAUUAAAAUCCCAUUAACGUCGCUCAAAUCCUGUUUGUCUUUAUCAAUUCCAAUUAUCCUCUUAUCCUUAUGAAUAGGCUUUGAAGAAGAAAAAUGAGAAAUCUCAGUGUUGUUGAGUGAUAUGUCCUUGAGGCUCUGGGUAGAGGUCAAAGCCCGAUACAGACCCAGAACACGCUCCCCACAGGCAUUAACCAUGAUAGUAGGGAAAGGGAAAGUGUCUGAUAGGUGUCUGUGAUCUGCUUAGGCUCUGCAAACAUCAAUGACAGGAGCAUGCUGGGAAAGAGAGACAGUGAAAUGGCUGUGGUUGUUGAAGACACUGAAUUCCAGCCCUCUGUCAUGGAUGGAGAGAGUUAUCAGGCUGGCAGCUUCGCUCUGUCUCUA